AUGGAAGAAGCGCCAAAGGAGGACCUCCCAAUGGUGGAUCUUGGCGGCGACCUCGCCUUGAUCGUCGGUCAAGACGACUCUCAGAUCCGCAUACAGGUCUCAAAAGCUCACCUGUCGUUCGCCUCCUCGUACUUCAAGACUCUUCUAGGGCCACGUUUCAUGGAAGGCUCGGCAGCUGAAGCGGGAAAGGCUCUGGUACUGAAGGACGAUGACCCUGAGGCCUUCACGGUGCUCAUGAAAAUCCUGCACAUGCGUCACGACUUGAAAACGCCAAUGGCUGCGGAUGAAUUGCUUGCGCUCGCCGUCGUGGCGGACAAGUAUGGCUUCACGCAAGCGCUCAAGCUCCCGUCGAAAGCGCUGUUCCCAAACCUCAUCAAGCCCAGCUAUCGCGAGGUCUUUGAUUUGACAUCGGCUGCCUACCUUUUUGGUCACUCAAGCUUGUUCUACGAGUUCACGAAGACCUUGUUGUUGGACUUCUGUCCGGAGAAAGUUGACCGAAAUGGCUUUGCCACUCUCAGUCUAUCUGCUCCAUCCGCUGUUUGGCGUACGUAUAUGCACCGCUGGAUCUCCCACGCCAAAGUCAAAUUGGACUUUGAAAGGCUGACAAGAUCGUAA